AACCCUGGACGUUCCUUUGUUGUAUUUAUGUGCUUUGAGUCAGUCGGAAACCGUGAUAAAACCUCAGAAUUCAAACAAAAUUUAGUCUUUCACAAAAAUUACAAUAGUCAACAUGUCUCUGGUCACGGAUGAAGAGUGGGUGGAGUACAAGUCGAAGUUCGACAAGAGCUACGAAGCGGAGGAGGAUCAACUGCGUCGUGAAUUAUAUGCAAAGGCUAAGGCCCGCAUUGAUGAACACAAUCGGAAAUUCGAGAAGGGCGAAGUGACUUGGAAAAUGGGAAUUAACCAUUUGGCUGACCUCACCCCCGAAGAAUUCGCCCAGCGUUGUGGCGGGAAAAAGCCCCCGCAAUAAAUGGUAGAAUCUCAACCACAUCGCAUUUAAAACAAUGUUUUUUAAAGACAGUAAUCUCUCUGUAAUUCUAUAAAUGUGCAUUUGUAUUUUUUGAAUGUUUUUUACCCACCCCCAAAUAAACAAUAAAUCAGCUGUUUUGUACGUUUAAAA